CAAUAAUCUAUUGUCAUGCUCAUUAACUACACCACUUUAAUAUCUUCAAAUGGCUCGCAGAUAAACUCAAAUCUGGCAACCCAAGGCUUCGCAGGGCCGAGCCUCCAUCCUGGCAUUUGCCUUCAUCCUGGUAACUCAAAAGUCCCCGGACCAAAAACAGGAAUUUACAGUUCAACCUUUUGCUCCAAAUUUGCAUCCCUAAUCUGAAAAAGGAUGAGCUCAGAAAAAGAAGAUGGUGAACUGGAAACAGUCAAAUCUGUCACCCUUACCCAAGACAGUGAUGGCAGCAUUAUUCUCCACUGUUCUCCCAAUGAUGAAGACUCAGAGCCGCUCCAGAAGAAACUUUGUCUCUCCACAGAACAAGAAGAUGCUCAUAAUUUCUCUGUGGUUUCCUUACCAAUGUCAGAGGACAGUGGGAAUUUUGAAGUCACAAUGGCAGCAACCUCAGAGGGAGAGCUGUCUGAAGAUGGUGUUGCUCAUAUCCAGAUUUUACAAGAAGAUGAGUCUGUCCAGAGGUCAGACAUUUCACCUGUCAGUCAGGCUUGGUUCACUACCAAAGAAGACAAAGACACAUUGGCCAAUAAAGGUCACAAGUGGAAGCAGGGUAUGUGGUCUAAAGAGGAGAUUGACAUUCUGAUGAGCAACAUUGAGCGCUAUGUAAAGGACCGGGGAAUUGAGAGUGCUGCUGAGAUCAUCUUUGAUAUGUCAAAAGAAGAAAGAAAAGACUUUUACCGCUCUGUGGCCUGGGGUCUUAACCGACCAUUGUUCGCUGUGUACAGGCGGGUCUUACGGAUGUAUGACAACCGCAACCAUGUUGGAAAAUAUAAGCCUGAAGAAAUUGAGAAGCUUAAAACGCUUAAAGAGAAGCAUGGAAAUGACUGGGCCACAAUUGGUGCUGCUUUAGGUCGUAGUGCUUCCUCCGUGAAAGACCGCUGUAGACUGAUGAAGGACACUUGCAACACAGGUAAAUGGACUGAGGAGGAGGAGCGCUGUCUUGCAGAGGUUGUGUAUGAGAUGGCAGGAACACCAGGCUCAGCGGUAACAGGAGGUGUAUCUUGGGCAGUGGUUGCUGAAAAAGUGCGCACACGUUCAGAGAAACAGUGUCGGUCAAAGUGGUUAAACUAUUUGAACUGGAAACACACUGGAGGCACAGAAUGGACAAAAGAGGAUGACCAGAACUUGAUACAAAGGAUAUCAGAGCUGGAAGUGGAGGAAGAGAAUGACAUCAAGUGGGAGGACCUGGCUGGAGGGUGGAGUAGUGUCCGAUCUCCUCAGUGGUUACGGUCAAAGUGGUGGAGCAUAAAGAGACAAGUCACAAAUCACAAGGAGAUCCCAUUCAGUGUUCUUCUUAAAGGUCUACAGGAGCUGACAGCAUCCUCACAGACCACCUCUGGGUCUGGGAGUCCCUCGUCUUCUUCUUCCCUGCAGAUCCGACUCACACGAUUGGAGGAGAGCAGCAACAGUUCCACCCCCAGCUCUGUUGCUGCUCUUCAGAUUCCUGUACAGAUACCUCUGCAGAUUACUCACCUCGAUUCUUCAGCGGCUACUUCUGACAGUGGAACCAUCACACUGAACACAGGAGCACUACAAACAUUUGAGAUUUUGCCAUCUUUCCAACUGCAGCCCACUGGCACACCUGGGACAUACUACCUCCAGACUACAUCCAAUCAGGGAUUGCCGCUCAGCCUCUCUACCAAUCAGGGCCUUCCUCUUAGUUUAACCAAUAACAGUACUGUUACAUUGACAAGCUCCUCACCCCCUUCACAUGAACACAUUAUUCUUCACAGCCUCUCAACUGACAGUCUUUGCUCAAGUGAUGGCGUCAUCAUUCACACAGUCACUUCUGACCCCACCACUCUGGACCCCGUCAGCCAAUCACAGCUGGUCGUAGAGGCAGAGGACAGUAGGCAGGACCACCUGGAUACUUCAAGUCUACUAAACGCAACACAAAAUGUUGUCACAGAAAGCCAAGAAGCAAUAACAGAUAGUUUUGAUGGAAAGGAUGUACAACAGGCAUCAGUGGAAGCUACGGUAGUGAAUUCAGAAAUAACUUCUGGUAAUACAGUUCUCAUAGUUUCUCCUCAUAACAUCAGCAGCACACUGACUGACCCUAUCCUGGAAAACCAAGAAGGCUCAGACUGAAUUUUAAUCUCUCAGAAGGUUGUAUGAAGCACAGCAAGUUCCUGCAGUGUUAAAAGAGGAGUCCUUGCAGACAACAAUGUCCAUUUGAAUGACCAAUUUAGUGAA